AUGACUACCGAGUCAAGACCUGGCCGCCUCGCGGGCAAAAAUGCCCUCAUUACUGGUGCAGCAGGCGGAAUAGGGCUGGAAACAACAAUCCUCUUCGCCAAAGAAGGUGCCUCUGUCCUGAUGGCCGACAUCUCUGAACCUGCCCUGGAAAAAGCCCUGGCCAAAGUCAAAGAACUCGUCCCUAACUCCCCCCGUCUGGAGACCAUCAAGUGCGACGUCUCCAAGGAGUCUGAUGUCCAAGCAGCGGUCGAAUCCCAAGAUCGAUACGGCGGCAUCGACAUCAUGUUCAAUAAUGCCGGCAUCAUGCAUGCCCAGGACGACGACGCCAUCAACACGUCCGAGAAAAUCUGGGACCUGACUCAAGCUAUAAAUGUGAAAGGGGUGUGGUAUGGAAGCAAGCACGCCGUGCUGUCAAUGCGACGGCAUCAGAAGAAAAAGGGUUCCGUCAUUAACGUUGCAAGUUUCGUCGCCUUGAUGGGUGCGGCGACACCGCAACUCGCGUACACAGCGUCCAAGGGCGCUGUUCUCGCCAUGACACGCGAACUCGCAAUCGUCCACGCCCGCGAGAACAUCAGAUUCAAUUCCCUCUGUCCUGGACCGUUGAACACGCCCUUGUUGCAGGAUUGGCUGGGCGAUGACUUGCAAAAGAGACACAGACGAGAGGUGCACUUUCCCAUGGGCCGAUUCGGAGAGGCGAUCGAGCAGGCCCAGGCGGUCCUGUUCCUAGCCAGCGAUGAGAGCAGCUUCGUCAAUGCGACCGAGUUUGUGGUGGAUGGUGGGUUGACCAGGGCGUAUGUGACAGGCGAAGGGCCACCCGCUGCGGCCCCGGUAAACAACGUGCAUUGGUAG